AUGAAAUCUAUAUCGAUUAUUGGGUCGGGUCCAAGUGGAUUUUAUACAGCCUAUCAUUUGUUAAAAAAAUCACCUAUUCCAUUAAACAUCACAUUAUGGGAAAAAUUUCCAGUGCCAUUUGGAUUAUCUAGAUACGGAGUAGCACCUGAUCAUCCAGAAGUAAAGAAUUGUGAAGAAACUUUUACACAGUUUGCUAAUGCGUACACAAUACCCUCUGGUAGCAACAAUUUAAUGCAUAAAUUCCAAUUUAUUGGAAAUGUUCAGAUCGAUUCAGAAAAAUUGUUUAAACUAAGAUCAAUACAAGAUUGUGUUAUUUUAAGUUACGGGUGCAACAAUGACAAGAAGUUGGGAAUUCCUGGUGAAAAUGAUACUUUAGGAGUAGUUAGCAGUAGACAAUUUGUAAAUUGGUAUAAUUCAUAUCCGGAAAAUGCCUGUGCUACACCUGAACAAUGGAAAGGGUCUGAUUUUUGGAAAAAUGUGAAAAAUGUUGCGAUAAUUGGGAACGGUAAUGUAGCUUUGGACAUAUGUAGAGUCUUAUUAACUUCAAAUAUCAAACAGUAUUGGCAAAAUACUGAUAUAAACCAAGCUAGUACGGAGGCGAUUAAACAUGUAUCAAAUGUUAAAAUUAUAGGUAGAAGAGGAUACGAGCAAAGCAAAUUUACUAACAAGGAAUUUAGAGAGUUAUGGGAGUUGGAAAAAUAUGGGAUAAAAGGGAAUAUAGAUUCUAAGUAUUUAUCGAAUGUGGAUGAAUCCAAAUUAGAUCGUGCGGGCACAAGAAGAUUAGAAAUGGUUAAGGAGUACAUGAAACCUUUUGACCAAAGAACCAAGAAAAACUACAAAAAAUUUAAACCACCCAGUACUUUCACUAAAUUUUGGGAAUUUGAUUACAUGAAAACACCAGUAAAAAUUAACAAAGAUGCUCGAAACAACAGAAUAUCUUCUAUAACUUUGGCCAUUAAUAAAGUAAACGAGAUGAACAAAUUCGUUAUUGAUAACUCUAAACCUUGUAUCGACUACCCAAUAGACUUUUUGAUUACUUCGCUAGGCUAUAAAGGUGUUAACAUUGAUGAACUAGGGUGUCAAAAGCAUUUAAAUAAUAUUAAGUUUGCAGGUGAUCAUUUAGCAACAAACAGAGAAGGUCAAGUUUUAUCAUCAGUGGACAAUAAACCAAUUCCAGGUCUAUUCGCCAGCGGAUGGAUCAAAACAGGUAGUAAGGGUGUUAUAGUUUCUACCAUGAUAGAUUCCUUUACAGUGGGUGAUGAAGUAAUCAAGUAUUUACAAUGUAGCGCUACCUCAAACCAGCAAGCAUCUAUAAUUGACUUACAAAAUACGGUACUAGAUUCCACUAACUAUAAACCUACAACCUGGUUUGAUUGGCUUAAGUUGGAUGCAUAUGAGAAAAAAUUGGGCAAUCCUAGACGCAAAAUUAUCAACAUUGCUGACAUGUUAAAGAUAAUAGGAAAGUAG